CCGUCCGCGGUCCGCCAUUAAAUUUCUUUCAAUUCAACCCGUUUCACCAUUGUUUCGGCUUUAUCUUGUUUGCGUAAAUUAGGUCUGAAAUUUAAAAAAUAUCAUCUAGUAUAAACAAUUCUAGUACAAAAUGGUGAAAUCUGACUUCCCCGCCUCUGGGAAGGAGCCCGAACAUGUUCGUAAAUUGUUUAUUGGUGGUUUGGAUUAUAGAACGACUGAUGAUUCCUUAAAGGCACACUUUGAAAAAUGGGGUGAAAUUGUUGAUGUAGUGGUUAUGAAGGACCCAAAAACUAAAAGGUCUCGAGGAUUUGGAUUUAUAACCUACUCUCAAGCGUCAAUGGUUGAUGAGGCCCAAAACGCUCGCCCCCACAAAGUUGAUGGGAGAGUUGUUGAGCCCAAAAGAGCAGUCCCCAGAACUGAAAUAGGAAGGCCUGAAAGUGGAGCAACUGUCAAAAAACUGUUUGUUGGAGGACUGAAGGAAGACCACGAGGAACAAGAUCUGAAGGAGUAUUUCAGUCAGUUUGGAAGUGUAGUUUCUGCCACAAUUGUGUCCGAAAAAGAAACGGGAAAGAAGAGAGGGUUUGGAUUUGUGGAAUUUGAUGAUUACGACCCGGUUGACAAAGUUUGCUUGCAAGGAUCACACCAAUUGAAAGGAAAGCGCAUUGAUGUGAAGAAAGCUCUGAGCAAGGCAGAUAUGGCCAAGAUGUCACAAGACAGACAAGGUGGAGGAGGUGGGAGGGGAGGGAACCAGGGACCUUGGGACAACCGAGGUGGUAACAACUGGGACGGCGGAAACAACUAUGGAGGCGGCAGUGGCUGGGGUGGCAACUCUGGGCCAUGGGAACAGUCUCAGCCGAUGAGUGGAGGUGGUUGGAAUGCUGGUGGUGGUUAUGGCAACCAGGGUGGGGGCCAGUGGGGUGGCAAUGAUGGCUUCGGCUCCAACUACCAGCAAGGCUACGGCGGAGGCCCUGUAAGGGGCAAUGCCAACACCAACCCCAGAGCAACUCCCUACAGUGGAGGUGGUGGCGGUUAUGGAGGAGGAGCCACUGGUGGAUAUAGUGGAGGUGGUGGCAACUUCAACCAGAGGAGAUAUUAAAUCCACAUUCUUCCUAAGUGCAGGUGUGUCCAGAAGUUCCAAGUUGAAGUUAGGCAGAUGACAGAUAAGGCAGGCAAGCUAGGACCUGGACAGUCUAGGAACAUCAGCAUUUAGGAACUCUCCACUCAACUCUCUUUGUACAGUCUUAACGAUAUAAUUAAUCUUUUAUAUAAUAACUUAUAUUCGGGAGUCCCUAGUCCCUAUUUCAUAACACAUGUGCUGUGUUAUAAUUUUACCUUUAUUUUUUUAAAUUUGUUCAAUGUGAAGUUUUGAAGAUCUCUGUUGUUUUGAUGCAGUAUUUAUAGAUUAGGCCUAACUGGAGAUGUGUAGGUUAUCACGUUCGCUACCGUGUUUCAACCGAUGUUGAAACCUAUUUUUAACUCACUGGCCAAGAGAAUAUACUUUGUUUAUCUAACAGUAUUUGGAGCUCUGAGUGCAUGAUGCUGUAUCUCCACCUCUACCAUUGACUGUCUUGUACUCACGCUGAUUUCUGCUAGGGAUAUCAAGUACUUUUAGAUUAGUUUACCACCCAUGUACAUAUUUCUUGAUAGUCAUGAACAGCAUUAUCCGUGAUACUCGCAUCAGAAUAGAUAAGCCGAGCACCAUCAUGAGAUAAGGAUCAUUUAUUGCGUUUAUGAAUGUAAUGCAAGAUUUUAGUUAAAUGAACUUUUAGUUUGGUAUAGGCUAUAUGAAAAAAUAUAGCAUCCCUGUAUGUUUACCAAUGUGUUUGUGCUAGACUUAUAGAGUUUACAUGGAUGAUUUGAAGUUGAUGGCAGUUGACAAUUUUGGUAUAGGCAUAUCUAUUCUACAUUCAUAGUUCGCAUUUGAUGUCGGUAGCGAACGUCUUUAGUGUUUUGUACGAUUAUUUCCUGACAUAUUGGUGUGAUAGAUAUUUUCAAAUGUGAGGUUCAAAAUUAAAAUAUAUAAACAUUUACAUGUAACUA